AUGACUACCUUGAAAAUUCAAGAGUUCCAUUUCAAGACAAGUUUCCAAGGUGUGAGCCUUCGGGAAGCGGACCGCCUAACUUUCCUGUCAGAGUGCGGCCAGGGCCCAUUCCUUGUGGGUCUUCCUGGGCAGUAUGCUGAGACAUCUGAUGCACACAGAUUCCUCUUUCAAAAUGCCGAUGGCAGCAUGCAGCUCCUCACAGAUCUUCCAGGUAUGUACACCAUGUGCUGGUGCAGGCAACACAGCAACACAAGCUGUGAGGCUGCUAGCGACUUCCAAGUUCUCGUGGGCUUGGUUCGACUGACUGGGCCUUUGCUGGGUCAGGCAUUUCAAUGCGAUUUCUCCUCUCACUGCAUUGUCUCUGGGCUGCAAGGUUCGGGGCUUGCAGUUGGCGACAAGCUGUUACCCAUGCAGGAAUGCGGCACUUCAAGGCCGUCUGCAACUUUCCCAAAUGCACAGCCGUUUUAUGCUUACAAUGAGCAAGCUGCAGCUGAUGGUUCGUCAGACAAGAUCGUCUUUGACUUGGGGUUGCUGCCAUUGCAAGGGGCUGCUCCUGAGGUUGUCCAAUUGUGCUGGUGCCAUCAUUCUACAGAUUGCGAAAUCUCAGAAUAUCGUGCUACAGCUGUGCAUUUGCAAGUGUCCUGCCCUCCCGGUACUUAUGAGCUAGUGGGGAGGUCGCGAACAUGCCAAGAAUGCCCUCCCGGCUUUUUUUGCGCUGGAGGACAGGACGGCAAACUGCAGCCUUGUCCGCAUGGGAGCACUUCACCUUCGGAGUCAAGCUCUCGUCAGAACUGCACCUGCCGGCGUGGCUUCAGAUGGGACUCCCAGCUUGAAGUUUGUUUGCCUUGCCCUGCUGGAUCCUUCAAGCAGCAGGUGGGCAAUCACCACUGUGACGGCCAAUGUCCCGCAGAAACCACCUCCUUGGCUGGAGCCAUUGGUGAGGGACAGUGUUUCUGUGCGAGCGGUAAGGUGGAUGUGGACACAUCGCCAGUCUUUAACUGUACAGAGCUCACAGCCUCCGUGGUUCAGAUGCAAGGGCCUGCCGAGGCCACUGUUUUCGUCUUCAGCGGAAACAUUCAGGUGGAGCCCGAGAAGCUCCUUGAGCUCAAGCCUUUCCUAGAGGAAUACGUGGGUCUGGAUACUGGACGAGCCUCGCUCAAGAUUUUGGCCACAUCAGCUGAUGUCAGAUACAUCUUCUCCAGUCAUGAGGAGGAGGCCGCCCAUGAAGCGUAUGCCAAGUUCCUGGCAGACCCUUUCGAGGCUUGGGCCAUCAAACUUCCAGGCGAGUUGGCACUUGCCACCGUGGAAAGCACGGCUGUCACCAACGAGACCAUCAGUUGCCCGGAGGCAGGGAGCUUUCCGCCCGGGCACAUCCGCAGUUUGGCUGAUUGCCAGUGCUCAUAUGGUAUGGAGCCUUAUGCUGACCUUUGCACGAGAUGUCAUCUUGGCAGCUACAAGGAGACCGUCGGUAACUCUAGCUGCACAAGUUGCCCAGCAGCAGGUGGAGGCCUCAGCCAAACCCGGACAACCUUGCAACAGGGUGCAGUGUCCGCUGGAGAAUGCGUUUGCCCAGCUGGUUAUAUCAGUCCAGAUUCCACGAAUUCUGACUGCCAGCCAUGCGAACAAGGCUUUUUCUGCUUUGGUGGCCACAAGGAACGAUGCCCGCAUUUGACCGUCACCUUGGCCCAAGCCGCCAGCAAAGUAACAGACUGUAUCUGCGCAGAGGGCUACUUCGCCGUGUCGGGUGUCUGCGAGCCAUGUCCUCCGGGCAGGUUCAAGCCAGAGGCCGGUAAUGCUGAUUGCCAGGCAUGCGCUGCUGGAACGUGGAGCAAUAUAUCCGGAGCGACUUCGCGCACAGCUUGCAUCGACUGCAUCCCAGGCUCCACCACCGAGAGUGAAGCUGCUAGCGAGGAGGAUUUGUGCAUCCGUCCACAUGCGGGGCAGGUGCUGCAGUGCACGGCUGGGCACGAAUGUUCGGUGAACAUAACAGGAUACCAGCUGCAUGACGGGCACCGUAUGGCCUUAGCCAUGUCCGGCUGCGCGGGGUCCAGCCAGCCUGUACCCUACGUAGCAAAUGAGGGCGUGUCGCAGCCCGCGGUUGAUCAAGGCCGGCGGUAUGUCUGGAAGGGCGAGGCUGUGGGUUUCGCGCCUGCGGGAGGCCGUUAUAUCCUUUGCUGGUGUGCCAGUACGCCUGGGCUCAUGUGCACACGCCCUGAAAGCUUUCAGAUCGCAGCAGGGCAUCUCGAAGUGGUGGGGCCUUUCGCCAACCACAGCUUCACCUGCGUGCGGGGCCAGGACUGUGCGGGCCUAGCGCCCUUCCAAGGUGUGGGAUCUCUCGUUGGGCAAGUGUCAGUGAGCACUGCCUGCGGCACGUUGGUCUCCUCGAUGCUCAUGCUUUCCCCUGCAAAUCAGAAUGCCAUUGGCAUCGUUCAACAAGAUGAUGUGUCAAGCGCGGUCUUCGCUCUGAGCUUCGGUGCGUCAGAUGCGUACAGGCAGCUUGACCAUGGAGUUUCUCUCGAUGCAAGUGAUACGGGAUAUUUUCUUUGCUGGUGUGGGGGUCAAGCGCCCUGUGCUUUCGAGGAGUUUGCUGUUUCUGCUGGCAGAUUGCGGGUGGAAGGGCCACGGACAAACCAAGAGGCAUCGUGCUCCGUCGGGCAGCCUUGUGUUCUCACUGGCCUCGAAUUUGUUGGUGCACUAGCAGGCGACAAAGUGAUGAUUCUCGAAGCUUGUGGCAUGGGCUCUGCUUUGCCUGGUUUUCCUGCAGGUGGAAUCGCUGAGUAUACCGUAACUAGGCUGCCGCAGCGUGUUCCGAGAGAUUGGAAGAGGGAUUUGUCGGGUGGCUUCUGUGAUGAGCUGCUACAUGUUGCCUGCCAGUGGGAACAUGGCAUGUCUCAGUUGCAAGCACAGAGUGAUACUGCCACACGAGACGGUGCGAACCUUUUAUUUGACAUCAAUGAGAUGGCCGUUGUGUACGCCCCGCCUGGAAUCUACCAGAUGUGCUUCUGCCGCCCAAUUGAUUUGUUGUCGUGCGAGCAAGCAAGCGACUUCAAGGCUACCGUGGGCCCACUACUUGUGCAUGGGCCCUUUGAGCAGAUUACAGACUGCACACUUGGCAGCAGUUGCAAGGUGAGCUUGGCCGGCAUUGCCUUGGCAGUCAAUGAUAGUUUCCUCUUGACUGCCGACACCAGCACUGGCUGCCGCGAUGCACGUGCUUACCUGCGGAAGGCGCCGUUAGACCAAGACGUUGAAAGCGGUCUGCGCAUCAAUCUGGGUGUUCUUGGCAUGGAACUCAGCCCAGGGCUCUAUCAAAUGUGUUGGUGCCCCAGUGAUGCAGACUGUAGCUCAAGCUCCUCAUUUCGAGCACCAGCAGGCUACUUACAGGUCAGCUGCCCUUCCGGACACUUUGUCAUCGCUUCGAAGUGCAAAGCCUGUGCACGUGGCUUUUAUUGUCCAGGAGGCGGGCCACAUCAUUCAGCCCAGAAGCUUCCAUGCGCAGGCGGAGAGACGACAGCAAGUUUGGGAUCUGUUUCCGCGGAUGAUUGCGUGUGUGCGAAGGGGUACUACUUUUCGGCCGUACUCCAGUCCUGCACUCCCUGUGAAGUGGGAUUCUACAAGCCACUGCACGGCAACGAAGACUGUGUUCCCUGUGCUGGGAACAGAACAACGCAUUCCCGCGGAUCAGGAUCGAACGUGUCUUGUGUCGUGCAGGAAAGCUUGGCUCUCGAUUCCCAUCAUCGUGAUGCCAGCAACAUGACAACAAGCAUGGCAGACGUGCCAACACUCCGCGUGGAGGUCUCCAUUUCUCAAGUGUCUGAGAGAAUGGACCCUUACCAGCUGCGUUCGGUGCUACGGCGAGCUGUGGUGACGUCUUUUUCCGACACGGCUCGUGUUCCCGCCGGUGCCAUCCAACUAAACUUCCUGGACGGUACAGAAGGUGCCCGCCGUUUGCAGUCUUCUCUUGUGUUGGUCGUGGAUGUGAGGUAUCGUGGGGUGGACGAGGUUGUGCUCGCUUCGACAGACCUCGACCUGACUGUCUUGCAGUCCGUGAUGCAAGCCGUGCUACAAGAGGAUCCGCUAGGGACACUUCUGUCGCUGCAUCUGUCGGAGCCUCUCGUAACCUCCACCUUAUUGGAGUGCCCCCAGCACAGGUCCGUGCCUGCAGGAGUUGUUCCUGUGAGUGAGGCUGACUGCGAAUGCAGCCCAGGUUACAGUUUUGAGGAGGGGACAGGCUGUUCUGCCUGCGAAGUUGGCGCCUACAAGCCUGCAACCGGAAACACUCUGUGUUCAGCUUGUCCCUCUUUCCGGACGACAUUGGAGCAAGGCACGACCUCUGCAGCUGAGUGCCGAUGCCAGCUCGGCCUUGCCGAGGACAACGGCCGCUGCACGGACUGCAAAUCAGGCUUCUAUUGUCCCGGGACAGGGGAGCAUGUUGCUUGCCAAGAUGGUGCAACUUCGCCCAGGAAGUCGGGCUCGAAGUCCGAUUGCAUCUGCCAGGCCGGCUACUAUGCGGUCGGCUCGCAGUGUCAGCAAUGCCCACGUGGGCGAUACAAGAAUGCCGAUGGCAACGAGAAGACAUGCCCAUUUCAAUGCCCUACCAAUGGCGACAGUGUAAAUGGAUCGACCGAUCUGGCCGAAUGCUUCUGCACUAAUGGACACUUUGCUGAGCUGGAUUCCGGAGGACACCUUGCAAGAUGCACCAGCUGCGGAGCCCAUGCCAACUUGCAUUGCCUUGGUGGCUUCCUGGAGACCGGAGCCCAUGUUCCACCUGCUGCAAAGCCAGGCUUCUUCCGGACGAGCACGGUCAAUGUGGUCAAGUGCAACGUUCUGACAGACCUUGGCUCCAGCGCAUGCCUGGGUGGUGAGGCGUGUUUGAAUGAUACAGGCAACGUCUCCAACUGCAUAGGAGUGUUUGGAAAUCAAUGCGCAGAUGGCUCGACCGGCAUGCUGUGUGCUGAUUGCCCUCUAGGCUGGGCACGACCUGCCUUCCAGCAACCCUGCGCCCGUUGCGAGUGGACGUUCCUGUUGCUUGCGUCAUCUGUGUUGCUGAAUACGUUGACCCAAGUCCUUCUUAACUUCGUUGUUGCGUCCAUGGCGGCCACUGCUGCUGUGCGGGGCAGCGGCAAGCUGCACACUUCGAUGAUACGAAUUGCCACGCAGUGGCUGGCGGCCUGUUCAGUCCUCACAGUCUUUGAUCUCAGCCAGGUCCGUCUCUGGGCUUCGGAGACGGACCCCGAAGAGGGCGUGCCAUUUCUGAUGUGGCCAGUGGAGGUCAGUGUUGCCAUGCGAAGAAUCUUCGACUCCUUUACCCUGUUGCCGAUGCCGUCCUCCGUCGACUAUGCUGCCUCGUGCGUUGGGCAAGAGUUGCUAGGGGCCGGUGCCAGUAGCCUGGCAGUGGGCACCUACUACUUCAUUCUGCCUCUGAUCAUGGGGCUUGGGACCGUCUGCUUCUGUGCAGUGGUCGCUUUCCUGUUCCUCCCCGUCGCAAGACACUUCGGCCACCCCUUCAGUGAGGCUGGCAGAAGGCGCAAAGCUAAAGACAAGGCGCUGAAGCAACUCCAGGAUUCAAUGGAUGAGGUGCCGGAGGAGGCCCGCCUUCCCUGGAAAGACUUGGAGGCAUCUGGGAUCCUGGACAUCAGCUUGCCGAAGCCGCAGGCAGCCAAAGAAGACCCCAAGGCCUUCUGUGAGAGGGCGUCGAGGCGGCUGCAAAAGAAGAAGAAGAAGAAGGCAGCGGAAGGUCCCCGAAAUUCCGACGAGCAUGCCGCGGACCCGGAAGGAAAGGUGAAGCUCGAGGAUGUCUUGUUGCUGGAUUUCAAUGCAGAACACGCAGAGCAAGCCUCACUGGAGAGCUUGGAGAGGAUGGAUGACACCACGGAGGACGUCAGCAAACCAAAGACGACCCUAGCUGUGAUACCCCAGGCUACGCAUCAGCGCAAGAUGGUCAGCUGCCCCCGGUCGGAUCAUUCCGAUGAUGAGGAUAUGCCUGUCCCAUCUGAACAUGUGGAAGAAAAGUGCACGGACGACGAGCUGGACCUUGAUGAGGGCAUUGAGCUGGAUUUGCUUGAGUUUGGCCUCUUCAGACCCAACUCACACUUGGGUCAGGUUGCUCGGCAGAGCCUUCCAGUGGUAUGGAUCGGCCUGGUGUCACUUUGGCCCACACUACUGUCGGCCUUCCUGCGCAUGAUUUGGUGCAUCCCCAUCCGCGAAGAGGACAGGGUGAGCAGCCGGCUGCUGCCAAGCCCUGGGAUUGAGUGUUGGUCCGAUGCGCACCUCCCUUCUGCAGGGAUAGCUAUUGCUGGACUUUUCCUGUGGUGCUUAGGAAUUCCAUUGGCCUUGGCGUGGCAGCUGAUCAGCUUGUCGGACCGACAAGACCCCGACAACUAUCGGCAAUUCGGAUACUUCAUCAAGGGCUACGAGCCCCAGUACUGGUGGUGGGACAUCCUAGUCAAGCGGGCAGAUGUGGCCCUGAUGAUGGUCACGGCCUAUACGUCCGUCAUACAGUCCCCCGAAGCGAAGCUCAUGUUCUUCCCGAUCUUGUCAGGUCUCCAGCUCGCCAUGGCCGCCUGGUUCCGGCCCUUUGCCAAUGAUCAGGCCGAAGUCCUGGACGUCCUGGAGGUGCUGUUGGCGGUUUGGGGUUCAGGGAUGUGGAGGGACCCGACAAGCCCCAAGCCCAGCCCUUCAUGUGAGAAGACAGAGGUCAGUCUCGGCAUGGUGCGUUUCCUCCUCUUCAGUGCCGUCGCGGCGUUGUUGAUCUUGACCCCCUCGAGUACUGCCACGCGGGGCACUGCGGCUUUUCUGCUGCUUCUACUGGUGGUUUGCUGCACCUAUGUCCUGAUCCACGUCCUCGCGCCCGGCCUCAUAAUCCGAGCUCAUGCGUAUACUCCCUCUCAGCCCGAAUCCCUGCACCGGUCAUGA